AAACAUGGAAGAGUACCAUAACAAUGCAGGUGCACUCUUUCUGUCAAGUCAAAUUUGAUAGACCAUCCAUGGUGUAUUGUUAUUGCCUGUGUUUUACCCAGAGGAUACCUCAGAAGAUUUACUUAACUUGAGCUACAUUUGACAUCACAACUUUGACUAGUUUGUCUUUGGGAAAAGGAAGUUUUUCACAGUUUCAUUCUGAGGAUAAAAGUCCAUAAGAUCAGCAUGACAGACGCUCAAGUGCCGAAAGGAAAUUCUGCAGCCCCUGCGUCGCUGCCCAAUGUUUCCUGGUUUGAAUUCAUUUUAAAUGAAAAUUUGUUAAAGGAGCACCUAAAUCAAGACAAUCCAGAUCCGCCAGCAUGUCAGCUCAUCAUGCAGUUCCUUCAACAAGCAGAGGUAGAGAUGACAUCUGUCAUUCAAACAGCGAAUGAAAAGCUGGGUAAAGUCCAAGGCCCACCGGGUGCUGUGCCUAUACCAGUGAAUAAAGUGGAGGAAGAGCCAAAACCAGUAGAGCCCACAAAGAAAGUUCGUGCGCUUCGACUUUUGGCCUUGAAAGUUGGCAGUCAUCUACAUUGGAACCUCAUGGUUAUGGAGAAAGGGGUUCCCACGCCAAUACUGCAGGCUCUCCUGAUUGAGUUACUGCAGGUUUGUGUGCCCGACGUCAUUGACAACAUUCAUAACCCUGACCUGGAAGUGUCCGCUCUGUCGGAGAUAGGAUUCUUUGUGGUCCACUUGUUCCAUCGGUGGUGUGUUCGCAGUGUUGUGAGAGAUAGCUUCCCAACAAAGCCAGUCAAGCAAGGUUUUAUGACUGCGCCUGGCCAGGUGGAUCCAGCAAUAGCCAUGGCUCAAGCUGCUGACACCAUCAUCAGAAAGUUCAAAGAGGACCUCCCUGCAUCUAUCAGCUUUCUGGAAAACUGCCUGACAUUAUUAGAGACGGAGCAUGACAGUGCCCGCAUGCCCACAUCAGCUUGCUUCAGCCUGCCCAGGGAGGAAACAGAUGCUCAGUUGCUGUGGCAGAACACCCAAGAUGUCCCUGCUCAAGAAAUGACCUGUCAGAUCUGCUUUGACCUUGGCGCAGUGUACUUUUUCAAAGGUGAAUACAGAAAGGCAUAUGAAAAGUUCAGAGUUUGCAAACAGUUGCACAAUCAGUUGAAAAGUCCAGUGUACUGUUUCAUUGACUUGGAUCGCCUCCGAGGCUACCUCACCAGCUGUAGUAGUUUGCUCGGUGUCACAUCAGAUACAAAAUCAACCAAUCUCUUCGACAGAGUUGAAUUGUCAAGGAAAAAAGACUUCCAGGGCAUUGUUGAAAUUCUCUGUGAGGAUAAUUUGAAACAAGAGCUGGAUAUGGCCUACAGAGGAAAUCUUCAGGAGGAGCUUCUCAAGAGACAGAUGUCUACGCUGCAUGUUAAUGUAUACUUGUGCAAUGUAGUGCGAACGGUCGUGGAGGGCAAGGCUUUAGUUUCGCCCAUUCUGGAAACCCUCAAGAAUGCUGACUCGUACAUCCUGACGUUUCUCAUUGAGUUGCUCAGCAAUGUCAUGAAGGGAGCUUCCACCAACCAGAGAUCAAACUUGAAGUGCUUCAUUUGGCACUUAAUCGAGCUACUGCCUGUAGAGAGUGCAUUUUCUCAGCAUGUCUUAACUUCUGAUCUGGCUACCUACUUCAAUGAGGCUGAGAUUGCUGAACUGGCUGUCGAUGACGUUGACAGCAACAAUUUGUACCUGCACGAUAUGGCCAUGGAGGAUGCUACUGCGAUGACCAGUUAUCCUUCUACCAGGGAAUCUUCUUACAACAUGAGCGAUGUUGAAGGUCAACUGCUGGCCGUCUAUGACCCGAAGCUCAUCAAAGACAUUUUGACGGAGAUGUAUCAAAAUAGAGGCCUCAAUGCCAUGCAAAUUAUCUCUCUCAAUGAAAAGUGGCAAGUCCCUAAAGAAUUAAGACAGAUGUUGGAAUCUUCCAGCAUGGAUAAAGUGCGAGAGUUUGAACGCAUCUACAUCUACAUUCUGGUGGCCAAGGCAAGACAUUGCAUGGAUCUGAGGAUUUAUGAGAGGGCACGGCAGCUUCUCCGUGUGGCAGAGUCCAUCCUGUCUGAUCUGUCAUACGUUGGGGCCAAACACGUGGGCUGGCAGGUGCUGCUGGCUGAACUGAGCCAGUUUUCCUUCAACCAGAUGGUCAGCGAGGAGCUCAGCAUGCCGGACCUGGUCAUGCAGGCGAAGCAGUGCAUCACGCUCAUACGCCUGGGUCAAGAUAUAACUCCCAGUAUAGAAGUCAUUGAGCACUGUUCAGCCUUCCUGUGUAACAUCCGGGAGUGGGGAUAUCUCUCAGAUCUCUGCAACACUGCCGAUGGCUUCAUUGAGCUUUCCCGGUUCAUGGCAUGCCUGGUCAAAGAGAUCGUACAAAAGAAAAAUGUACGCAAGCAAGCUCGUGAGCUGUGGGAUGCUGUCCUAGGAGUGUAUCAACCAGGAAAUGCCAAGCGACCCCAGACCACUCGAGACAGUGCAAUGAGGAGGGACCAACAGUACGGACUGCUGCCACGAAAUCUUUUCAUCAGCUUCGUUCAGAAAAUCAAAGAGCCUAUGCUCCUCUCCAUCCUCAUUUCUCUUUUCACCAAACUCUACUGCAUCCUCAAGGAUGAUAUCACAAGUGAGAUUAACACAGAAUACGUGAAUCUGUGGCCGACGGCGAUAAACGUAUCCAUUGGCACCGUGUCUUCUGUGGAGGAAACCAUGAAGAUGCUACUGUCUCACAGUUUGAGGGUGGACCCCACUCAGCCUGCCUGGCUGAGAACACAGGCAGACAUCUACUUUGUAGAAGGCCAGCAUUCUACGGCAAUGAAAUUUUACCUUGAGUCAGGUGUGGUUGCCACCGACUUCUUCACCUGUCCUGUGCCCAAGUCUAUCUAUGACGACACUAUCUACCGACGUAUGAUCAAGUGCUGCUCGUAUCAGCAGUGCCACACCCAGGUGGCCGUGCUGUGUCAAUUCCUCGACGAGGUGGACUACAGCACUGCCUUCAAAGCCUUGCAAGAACGGAAUGUCUACGACGCCAUGGACGCCUACUACUGCUGCCUUUGGGAUGUCAGUAUACUAGAAUUUCUGGUGCACUUGCACACCCGAAAGGGAGAGAUGGACAAACGUCAGGCUGCCCUCCGCGCUCUCAGUCAGAUGGACAUCAAUUCCAACAACCCAGAUCAGAUUCAGCGCCGGGCUGUCCAUGUACGAAAGACGAAAUUCCUCAGGGCCUUAGCCAAGCAGUACCUGGGCUAAAAAUCUGUAAAUUGAGCUGCAGUGUAGUUAUACCCGACGCUAUCACGGCCCACCUCUUGUAUCUGACCAGCCCAUAUUACUUCAGGGUAGUGCUUGUUUCAUGUCUGGAUGUUUCUGGAACUUCAACUAUCCUACAGUGAAUGUUCCCAAAUUUCUUCUUUCAUUUGGUUAUUUCUGGUCCAUAGUCCAGUAAUGUCUUUUAAGUUCUUCGGCAUCAAGUGCCACCCUUGUUCCAUGGGGACUAAAAGGUCACUUGAAAGGUUAAGGCAUCUCAUUGUACUGAUGUCAAUAACUUUGCUGUUUAUCACUUUGGAAAUGUGGGUCUUCAAAUUUUAUCAUGAACACUAGUAACAUCUGCUUACAUGUUAAAGGGCAUUCCUGUGACAGGCCUAGGAAAAAGGCAAAUUACACUACUCCAUUUUACCCUGAGUUAUUUUGCUGGGGGGGGGUCGUGGUCAUUACGAUUAAACUACAUGUUUGUGCUGCCCAGCCCUUGGACAAGACCAUAAUUUCCAUGUUUCUUGUUUCUUUCUUUUCUUUCUUUAGUUCUUCAGUCAUUUCUAUUGUUGAACUGACUCAUGUCAGAGUCAUAUCCAUCUCAACUCAUCUUGAUUGGGACCACUCGUGUAGGGUGGAAUGCAAUGAUGACAGGUCACAUGUCGUCACAGAACUUACUGUGGCAGUAAUUUGUGUACAGAGGCACCAGCUAAGGUAGUUGCAUUGUCUGUAAAUUUCUGGUUUUCUGAUACUUUAAGUCUCUAGAUUCUCAUGAAAUGGCCAGUUGCCUUUGCACUUUUCAUUUAGAUCACUCCUGAAGUGAGAAGAGUGAUUGUGACAUCUUAUUUAUGGUUUAAAAACUGAACAUUCGAUCAAUAUUAAUGUACAAGCUUUGCAAUCUUAAAAUGAAACGGUAAAUUUAGGCAAUUAUUGUCAUAAUUUUAUCAUGUAUGUAUGUUUUUGCUAAGUCAAACAGCAGUAUUAUAUUUGUGUAAAGUUUCUACUGAACAGGCUUUCACAUCGCUGGCACCUUAAUGACCUUUGAUGAAGGCAUAAUGGGGGAAAAAAACUGUCUUUAGAUACAUUUUGAUUUAAUAUUGAAGAAAUAAAGAGGGAGAAAGAAGAAACUUGUUUUGAAAGGUAAAGAUUCGUAAUUUUUAUGACAUAUUUGUUAAAGCUAUAAUCUUUGUUUCAGGUCCUCAUUUAGUUAUAAUUUUAUAGUCGACGUGUGAGAGAGAAAGACAACAGAAAGUGAAAGAAAGAGAGUUCCUAUGGUUUGGCACUGUACUGCAUUUUUUUGAGUGUGGGGUUGGGGGUUUUUUUAUAUAUCGAAUAUAUGUGUGCGCAGUGUUCAUAACCUUAUAAAAGUUAUAUACUCAAUUGCCUUUUGUUCACUUCCUAUACUUAUUCUUUUCUUAUUUUUGUUGUAUAACAUUCUGAAACCAAAGUUAGCUUGAAAUACUGUUACUUGAAUUAAUGUUGACAAUAUAUUGUGUUCAUAGUAUAGAUCUGUUAUAAAAAAACUGUGUUCUCCUUUUUCCCGUCUUCAUGUAACAUGUAAUCAUAAAUCAUACCUCUCACUACUUAUGAAGAGUUUUAGAGCAAAACCCUGGACGUCUAAAAAUAGUGUCAUUUUAUUUUAAAAAGCAACUUUUUGUCUUCAUGGCACAUACAAUAUAAUAUAUAAUAUACUUUUUUUUAAAUUAAAAAUUUUGGUACCAAAAGUUGUUGUGUAAUAUAUGUUUUCAAGUAUGAGAACAUGGGAUAACGAGACGUGCAUUAUAAGUUUUGAGUGAAUGUCUUAGAAUUUAUUAUAAUAGAGCUAUAUUUACUGCCUUUUGAGUUUGCUCUUUUGAGUUUGUGCGUUAUAUUCUGUACCUCUAUUCUGUAUCCUUUUGUCUUUGCUGUGGAUGUAUUUUUUUCUUCUGUUUUCUCUAAUUAUGAGAUUGCUGAUUUAUGAGUUACUGUGACAACAUGGUGCCUUGAUACCUUGUAAGUGUACAUGUGUUUGGAGGGUGGGGGGUGGGGGUAUAUUUUCAAGUAUGCAAAAUGUGUGUUGGGCCAUGGUGUAAAAUUUUUUGAGGUUAUGUAGAAAUACAUGCUGAAUGCUCAGUCACGGGUAAUUUGGUGUGAUUGAGUGUGAGUGAUAGUGAUGGUGUAUGCUCAAGGACAUGAAGAGAUAAAAAGGGGUGAUGAGGGUGGCAGAUGAUUGAAAGGUCAUAUUGAUCUUCAAAGAUGUUUGUGUUAUUUUAGCUGACAGUUUGUUUCUCUAUGUGACCUUUGCUUUAAAAAUGUCUUUGAUUCAAUGUGGGUUAUCCCACGUUUGAUCACAAGAGAGCCUUUUUAUAAUUUCAUGAUUAUAUAUAUAUAUAUAUAUAUAUAUAUAUAUAUAUAUAUAUUUAUAUUAUAUAUCAAUGGCUGAGCACAAGAAGUGACUUUAUCCACUUUUGGUCGAAAUGGAGAAAUCGCUCUUUUACCUCUGUAAAUAUGUAAGCCAUAGCUGAAUUUGGUAUAGUCACAUUCAUUUUUCUUUUUUGACUAUGUUAUGGAGAUUUCAAGAUCAAAAUUUCAAACUUGUUUUUCUCGAAACUUUGAAAAGUGGACAUGGUCAUUUCUUGCAAUCAGUCGUCAAUAUGUUAUUUGAUGCAGUAUCAAAUGAAAAGAAGGUAUCAUUUGUGAACUAUGUUGUAUGAUCAGAAUUACUUGUAUAAUUUGAUGUCUGUUAAUAAAAGUGAAUAAAUAGCU